CUUACAUAAUAUUUUAUGCCUGGUUUAUCAGGCAUCAAGUUUUACCCCUCUAUUGUCUGCAGUAAAGCCGGGGAAAAGAUUACAUGAAUUUUCCUCACAGCCACCUUCAGCUUUGGAAGGGUCAACAAUCACUAUUUGGCAUCAUGUCUGACCAGGACGCAAUCACGCCUCGAGUUUUCCUUAUGCGGCAUGGGGAGACGGAAUGGGCGAAGUCAGGGCGCUUCACGGGCACUACGGACAUCGAGCUCACGGAAGAUGGCAUUAAACAGGUCUCUUCAGCGGGAGUGAGGUUCGUGGGAGUCAACAACCUCAUUAACCCGCGUCGGUUGGGGAAAGUUUUUGUUAGCCCAAGAAAGAGAGCAGUGCAAACGUUAGAGCUGCUACUGCCGCAAGAGGGUGUCGUCCAGGGGCAAUAUGAAGUCGCUGCCACUGAAGAAAUCGCAGAGUGGAAUUACGGCCGUUACGAAGGGCUCAAGGAAGAGGAAAUCAGAAGCUCAAGGAAAGAGAGGGGCCUAGAUUUGGAACGGGAGUGGAACAUCUGGAGGGAUGGAUGUGAGGGCGGAGAAUCAAAAGACGCAAUCACCGAGCGACUGGAUAAGCUUAUAUCUCGGAUAAAAGACUUUCAGAGACCCUAUAUGGGAGGUGAGAAGCCCGUUGAUGUGCUUAUUGUCGCACAUGGUCUCAUUCUACGCUGCUUUUGUCUGCGCUGGGUUGGUUUUGAUAUCGAUUAUGACGUGUCGAUAAUGUUUAGUCCUGGUGCAGUUGCAACUUUGAGCUACAAGAACGGCGAUGCUGACAGGCCUGCAUUGCACAUUGGCCCUCCGUCAAAAUAGCUAGUAUCAGAUAACAUACCAAUUGGAAAAAAUCUCAUUGAUUAACCGAUCUUCUUCACAGCUUAAAUUAAUUUACACAUGAAAAAGCAGCGGCUAGCAACCCUUCAAAAGCGUGGCAGAGCCUUAUAUCCUGACGCGUCCGCAGAAGAACUG